CGCAACAUAAUUCUCAUCUGCCUCUCUUUUGCUCUAACCCGGCCACCUAAUGACCUCUCUUUACUCCUUACCGUUUUCUGCAUAAUAACAAACUUCAUUGCAGAGAUUUGGUACUGGUCACCCUCUCCGGCCGGCCCCUGCCAUUGCCGCCAGCCACUAAUCUCUCGUCAUCAUCGUCUCCACCUUGCCAUUAUUGGACACUGUUUGGAGUUCGUUCACCUCUCCCUGUUCUUUUAAUGGAGGAAUCGGCAGGGAAGGACAGAGAGAGAAACAUCGUGAUUGCCUUGCUCGAUUUUUCAUUUCUUUUGCCCCCCUUUAAACUAUGCUCCUUUGUUUCUUUUUUGUUAUCCUUUUACUGACCGUAUCUUCCUGCAGGUUUCAUUCGCUUUCUUUAGCUUCUUUGGCCUUGUGUGUGGGCCACCUCACCUUCUCCUACUGCUAAUCCUCUGCACCUCUCAUUCAACCUCAAAAUAUCAUCUCUUAAGCCUCCAAGCCAUUAUCAUUUAUCUGCCUAUGUAGUAGCAGUACCAGCAUUAGCACAUCCCCUGCUCAUCGUUUUCGUUGUGCUCCGUUGUUCUUGUCCUUUACCACCUCACCUUGCAUCUCUGUUUACCUGAGUGAGAUUUACCAUUGGGAGACAAGCAAGAUUUCUCAUCACCCAGACGGGGCUGAAGCACUGCCCUCUUCUUCCAUUCUCGUCACCGGAAGCUCAUGCUGUGCAGCAAGAACUAAUGGUAUGUGAGCUAGGUUCUUGGUCACUGGAGCACGGUCCUGCAGCCAUGGAGAACCCCGGACUAGAAGCGCUCGAGGAAAGAGACUUCUACCGUGCAGAAACACCAAAGGAGGGUCAGUCGUCUUCUUACCUGCAACACCGACACACGCGAAGUGUUAUAAGCACAUAUGCAAAUGUAACUGACAUAUCUCCGCGACUCUCCCAUUACACACCUGUGGACAACCAAUCGCGAUAAGAUGCUCCAAAGAAGAAAUUCGCUUAACCUCCCCGACCACUUGCCUGAGAAUCAUCACAUCAUUACUACUGCAGAAAGAACUAUGUCAAAGUCUGUUGCAGACUUGGUAUGGGAGAUAGCAGUCCUUGAGGAGGAAGUAGUUCGCAAGGAACUUCACUUGCUUUCCCUAUACAGAGCAGCAUUUGAUCAAUACCUCGGUGUCUCUCCUCGUGCUUCUGCUCAGGACCGUCAAUGCAGCAGAAAGCAAGUUGACGAAGGCACCCGGCGCUUGAGAGAUAUCAAGGAGUCUGCAUCCUACAACUUGCCAACACUUUCCACUUCUAAACGUUAUACGCAGGAGCUGUCAAGAUCAUCUUCAGGGCGGUCAAGCCUUGCAAACUUCUUGAGCGCAUCGAUCACUGAAUAUGUGCCCAAGAUCUCUUGCAAACUUUCAGAGGACAUACUGAGAUGCAUUUCUGCUGUCUAUUGCAAACUUGCAAGGAGGCCAUCACAAGGCGCGGAUUUUGAUACAUCAUCAACUCCUUUCUCAUCUUCAUUGAGUUCCUUUUCUCUGAAGUAUCCUGUCGACAGUUGGAGCCCUCGAUGCCAUUACAAUGCCGACGCAAGCUCUGAUAAAUGUGGUUCAUUCGAUGGAAAUGAUGGACAAUACACUGGGAUGAUAAUUUUCCCAAGGAUACAUAUAGAUGAAGACAAGUUUGAUUAUGCCUCUAAAAUGCUGGAUACUAUCAGAACGCUGAUAAAACGACUGGAGAAGAUUGAUCCUACAAAGAUUGCACAUGAAGAGCAAGUCUGUUUUUGGAUUAACAUCCACAAUGCUUUGGUUAUGCAUGCUUUCAUGGCUCAUGGACUACAGGAAAAACGCAUGAAAAACACAGACAUGAUUUUGAAGGCUACAUAUAAUGUGGGUGGGCAUUCAGUCAACUCCCAAAUUAUUCAGAACUCAAUUCUAGGAUGCCAAUCUCACCGUCCUUCACUGUGGGUCCGUACACUAUUUACGCCAAUGAAAAAAUCAGGGAGCUCCAUACAUCCAUACGCGCUUCAUCAUCCAGAGCCACUUGCUCACUUUGCUCUUUCCACAGGAGCAUUUUCAGAUCCACCUGUAAGGCUGUACACAGCCAAGAAAAUACAUCAUCAACUGGAGCAAGCCAGGACCGAGUUCAUUCAAGCAAAUGUUAUGGUCAGGAAGCAGAUCAUCUUUCUACCCAAAGUUCUCCAUUUCUAUGCAAAGGAUGCUGCCUUAGAGUUGCCUGACCUGAUUGAGAUGGUAUGCGAGAGCAUGCCUGAACUACAACGAAAAGAGAUCAGACAAUAUCUUAGGAGGAGAAUUGACAAGUGUGUUGAAUGGUUGCCUUACAAUUCUUCUUUCAGAUACACUGUACAUAGGAGUUUGGCUGAGUAGGCGCUAUUUCCUGUAUAUAGAGUGCUUGACUGCUUGUAAGUAAUGAACUAGAUUAUAAGAACAAUUGAUUGGUGCGUGUGUAAAUAGGAGCUUGUGAUAUUUUUUCUAAGAGAGGAAAGUUAUAGCU